CCUUGCACAAAGUUCAGCCCUAAACUCAGUUUAUUGCUGAACUUUGAUCUUUACAGGUAAGACAGUUAUCAUCAGCUCCAUGUAAAACACCCUUCAUAUUUCAUCGUGAUUGUCACUGUAUGAGGAACCACAAUGAUCAGGUUUUCUGUUCUAGUCUGCCUAUCAGUGCUGCUGUUCAGCACUUCAGCCAAGCCAUACAGGCCCAGGGAAAAAGUGUUGGGCAAAGCAGUUCAGGACACUAUAGAUUUCGAUCACCCCAGUGGGAAGAUGAUCCUGGGAAUGAAGGAGGUGGAGCCACCACAGGACAUGGACAUUACAGAUUCUGACAUCGAUCCCAACAUGUUGAUCUGGAAAGCUGUAAAAAAAGAAAUACAGCAGAAAUAUGACAGACCUGAAGAGGAUAAAGAUGCUCUCUACCACUCCUUUGACAUAAAACAUCCAGCUGAUGGAAAACAGCCUGAAAACUAUUUCCAGCCACUGGGACACAAUCAGGUACGGAUGCAUGACAAACCAGAAGAAGAUAGGGAUGAUCUAUACCAUGGCAUGUUUGAUGUAGCUGAAGAGCCAAUGAGAGAAGAGAAGGAUGUAAUUGGAGGUGAUGUCAGGCCAAUCUACUCAAGCCCUGAAGAGGACAAAGAUGACCUGUACCACGCAGAUGUUAAAGGACAUCAGUCUGACCAGCAGGCUCUGCCUAUGAACAUAUUGCCCAUUCGCCCAAAAAGGGUGCACACAGAGCCAGAGGUAGACCUGGAUGCCCUUUAUCAUAAGCAAUGAUAAGAUAAGUCAUGUCUAAAGAAUUGUAAUACUGAAUGUUUAUUCAUUAUAGUUUUAAUCAAAUGCUCUCUUAAAUUAAAUGUGUUUUAACAUGAUUUCUUUUUAAUAUAGCUAAUAUUGAACAUAAGAAUAAAACAGUUUGUCUGUUUAA